CUAGUAAGAUAAAGGGCCAAAAGUAAAUUUUUGCCAUAAAUUUCCAAGUUCCUGCCUGCUCAAGACUCUUCGCCCACAAACUGUUCUGUUAACCAGGGAAUCCCAAGAAGUCCAGAGAAAAAGAAGAAAUGAGAGAAGCUCUGCUCCGAUUCUCUUCAGUACUAUUCUUCCUUCAUCUGAUUGAAUUCGCCUCCGCUACCGUUCUCUUGAGGCCCUACUCCGCCGUCUUCCCCGACCUUCCCGCCAAAUUCGGUCGCAAUUUGAACAGUUCGGGCAUAUGUGGAGCUCUGGUGGUGGUAGAUCCUGAGAAUGCUUGUUCUUCGCUGCGUAAUGGAGUGAGAUCCAACAGAACGGACCAGAAAAGGUUCGCGUUGAUAGUUAGAGGCGAUUGUGCAUUCGAGGAGAAAAUUCGGAAUGCGCAGGAUGGAGGUUUUGAUGCUGCAAUUGUUUAUGAUGAUAGAAACAGAGGCAGUUUGGUUUACAUGAUGGUAGACCCCAAGGAGAUAACGGUGCAUGCAGUUUUUGUUUCAAAGGCAGCUGGUGAGUUUUUGAAGGAGUAUGCUAAUGGAGAAGAAGGUGAAUGCUGCAUUUUUCCACCUUAUAAUGGGAGAGCAUGGACGGUGUUGGCCAUAUAUUUUAUCACAGUUCUUGCUAUAACAGUUUUCCUUGUGAUAACCUUUUUAACUCCACGAAAUUGGUUGAAUUGGCAUGGAAGAGAUCAUUUUUGUCGAAGUGUGGAUAGUAGGAUGGUGGAACGUCUUCCCCGCUUUGCAUUCAACUCUGCCCAUUUUAGUCAAAACCGCAUUGGAGAAACUUGUGCAAUUUGCCUUGAGGACUACAAGGAUGGGGAAGUUGUUAAAGUUCUCCCCUGUCAACAUGAUUUUCAUUCAGGAUGUGUGGACUCAUGGCUGACUAAGUGGGGGACAUUCUGCCCAGUAUGUAAACUCGAUAUGACAUCACAAUUAGCAUGUUCUGAGGUCAAGAGGGCAAUGCAGCAUUAGCGUCAGUAAUUAAGAACCACCAUUCGACUUGCCUUUAAGUGCAGUAUGCUAUCUGCUCCCUAAGGGCAUCCACUGUAGAAUAUAUUUUCUAUUCCCUGCACUAGAUGGACACACGUCUGAUAUUUAUUUUGUCUUCUCGUCUCAUAGACCCAGAAAAGGGGGUCCAGGAUAAUGCUGAGGUAGGUUUUGAUGUGUGAAAGUCACCAAUUGCUCCUAGCAACAGUCUCCAACAAAGUUCCUUCAAACUAAACUAAUCAGUUGAGCACCAUCUAAAUUAUUGGGGGAAAAUCUGCCAAUGAUAAAACCCCAUUUGAAACCCUUGUAGAUAGCUGCUACUUAGCUGAGUUAAAUUGGGAUGAAAAUUCUCAAGCCUUGUGAUGUAUAUAUGUAGCACUUAGUUCAACAUUAAAGGUUGACUAUUUUA